AUGUUUAUACACAGCGGUAGGUCUGGCUCGCAGCACUUGUCCGAUCUCCAUCUUUUCGACUGGUGGAGCGACACAUGGACGGAGCUGAAUCCAGCCCGGAGGCCCCCGCCUAGAGCCGGGCAUGCAGCUGUCUGGGACGAAGAUUCGCUGAGCAUGCUGAUAUUUGGCGGAGUUCAGUUCGAGGAUGAACUGACCUACGAUCCUUCACUCUACCGCUAUGCAUUUCUCGAGGACGCUUGGACUGUGGACAGCCACACGUCAGGUCCGGCAGGUCGCACAGAGCCGGCUUUGGCAUGGGACCCGCUAUCCCGAGCUCUCCUAGCCUUCGGGGGCAUGAGCAACUCACACCAGAGUGAUCUCUGGCGGUACGUUGUUCCUCCCGUGCAGGAAACGCCCCUCCUUCGGCGGUGUCAGCUGGGCCAGCAGUGCCGGCAACGGGUUAACCGCAAAACCACCCACGAAAGAUUCAGCGUGCAGCGGGAGUGCCCUGAUGCGAACGGGGCUUUCUUCUUGAACCUUUUCGAGGAGAGAGCUCAGCAAAAUGUCAUCCUGGCAGCCAGCAGGCAAUCGAUGCUCUCCAUGACCCCCGGGCGCUAUCGCAUUUGCUGCUGCCACCAUGGACCCGAAUCAUCUUGCACCGGCCCCGGAGACUUCGACCGGGCCGUGGGGCUUCUUGUUGCCGAGGGCCCUUUUGACCAUCAGCAGGCCAACUGCUUCUUGGGAACUCUCUGCAUUGUGGCCUGGAGCGGUGUAGGUCUCACUGAAAACGAUCAUCUGGAGUUGCGCGCAGACUGUGCCUUACCGGAGACAAGAAGGAACCUUGAGCCUGCGAUCCGCCCCAGGCCAGAAAACCUGGGGUUCGCUGGCGACUUACAUUUCGAUGUCAUCGAAGCUGCACUGAUGCCAGAGAUACUGCAUCUGUGCUGGUGUCCUGCCGGCAGUGUUUGUGCGCAGCAAGACUUCAGCGUGGUAGCUCUACAGCUGCACCUCGUUUGCCCUCCUGGCUGGUUCCAGCCACAGAGUGACGAUGCAUGCAAACUCUGCCUGCAAGACCACUAUUGUCCCGGAGGGGAGCAAGCCUUCCCCUGCCCUGACUUCAGCACAGCGCUCAAUGGCUCCAGUGAUCUGUUCGAUUGCAAGUGCAUCUUGGGGUAUCAGUCGGAUCAGAGCACGGCAUUCUGCGUGGAGUGCCCGUACGGGUCGACAACAGUUCAGGAGGGUGGCAACUGCACCUGCAUGGACCACUUUGUGCCGAAUGUUCAUGAUCCAUCAGUUUGCGAUUGUGGUCCAGGCUUCGGCUUCAGCACACAGCUGGGCACAUGCGAGCCCUGCCGAGAGGGAUCCUACAAAGACACUGCUGGCAACUUCUUGUGCUCAAACUGCCCAGAUACGAGGUCCACCAUCGGAGAGGGGGCGAAGACUGUCCUCGAAUGCCUCUGCGAACCCGGGUUGGUCGCCAAUGGCACUGAAUGCAUGGACUGCCCUCGGGGCUUCUACUGCGAUGGCACUGGAGGACAGGUCUCUUGCGCAGAGGGUGCAACUACUGCGGAUGUAAAAGCUACGUCUGCGGACAGCUGUAUCUGUGAAGCAGGUCGCCUCAAGAGCACGACUACAUGUGAUCCUUGCCCUCAGGCGCGGUACAAGCCGGCAAUGGGUAAUGAUGUCAUCUGCCCUUUCCAGUGCCCAACAAAUGCAGAUAGCAACUUGGGCGCGACAAGCUUGGUGGACUGCUUUUGCUCACCCGGCUUUUUCGCAGCCCUUGACUCUAUGGGCAAGCUGUCCAGAUGCGUCAGCUGUGAAGCAAUGAACAGAACGUUAGACUGCAAGGGCGGCUUCCGGAACCAGACCAAAAAGGAUCACGUGCUGCCGGUAGCCAAGCCAGGCUUCUUCCAAACUGGUGUCAUCACGGCCUUGAAAUGCAAUGCGAAGACCGAGGAUGGCUCCAGUGCUUGCCUGGGCGGUUCUGCAUGUUUGCAGGACGACGGCGACGACAAUUGCAUUGAACUUGCUGGUUUCAGGAACCUCUGCGCCAGCGGGACAACUGGGCUCCUCUGCGGAGAGUGCCCAAUGAACUGGGCAAAAGACAGUUUCCGCACCCACUGCCGAGAGUGCUCGGGGUCAGCAGGAGCGCUCACCGCCUCUAUCAUUCUUGACGUGACCACGAAGGCCCUCAUCAGCUUUGUUGUGGCCUCCAUGGCCGCCAUUGCAGCAGUGAGGAACAAUGGGAAGCUUCACACGAGCAUGAUCAGAAUUGUGAGUCAGUGGCUGGCAGCUUGCUCUGUCCUCACGGUUUUCGACCUUGAUCAACUUCGCACUCUGGUCUUCUCGGACGAUGCGACCCGAGGCUUUGACACCCUCUUAUGGCCUGUGUGGGUGAGUAAUGCCAUGCGGGAGCUUCUGGACUCCGUUGCCCUUGUCCAGCUGCAGGUCUCCGUCUACUACGGCAUCCACUGCUACGCUCAAGCCCUCAUGCCAGAUGAGCCCGCUGCAAAGAAUGCAGCCCUUGUUGCGUACUACCUUGCCCUGCCUCUGCUUACCGCCGCCGCGACGGUGCUGGUGUGCUUGGGCGCUUCGCACCUUGUGGCACCCCUGGCAACAUACUGCGGCCAGCCCCUCAAUGAGGCAGGCCGACGCCUCAGGGAGAAAGCCAAGGUCGUGCAGCAACUCCACAACGCUGUGCUCCCCAUCCUAGAGCCAUCCGGACUGACGUGGCAGGAUGUCAAGGUUUCAGGAAUGCUGCACGUCAGCCUCGCAGCGCUGCGACGCGGCACAGAAUCUCCCGAUGAAUUCCUGUGCCAGGGUGCUACUGCAUCGCCGGCGCUGCUGCUCAAGGUAUGCCAGCUCCGAUCUGGAUGCUCGGGGGCUUUCUCAGAGCCAGAGGAGGUGUUUGCGAUGCUCGGUGCCCUAGCAGAAGAAAUAGCGCCGACGGCAGAAGACUUCAACAGCUUUCUGAACACCGUAGCCAGCAGAUUCGAAACUUCCGGACUCUCCCAGAGCGACGCUUUGGAGGACAAGGCCGACGAUCUCUUGGAGACACGCCGCACCUCGACCACAAAGAGCAUGCGAAAGAGCCUCAAUAUUGAUGAACAUCUGGAUGUGGAUGCCACCAUGGAUUCGCUCGACUUUGGGCUCUUUACCCAGAGGCCUCGUCUCGGUGAUCUUUUGCGGCAGAGUAUGCCGGUCGUGUGGAUCAGCCUAGUUUCGGUGUGGCCAGUCCUGCUGUCUGCCUUUCUUCGCCUUCUCUGGUGCGUUGCCAUUCCUUUCGAUGGAUCGGACGGCGAAAGACAAGUCACUGAGCGCUUACUGCCUAGCCCGGACACAGUCUGUUGGACAGGCAAUCACAAUCCCAUAGCGAUGUUGGCUAUCGCUGGCCUUGUGAUCUGGUGCCUUGGGAUUCCCGUUGCCUUGGUGCUCCGAGUGCUUUCCCUAGCCGACCGACAUUCGCCUGACAACUACAGGAAGUAUGGGUAUUUCAUGCAGGGCUAUGAGGCGCGGUAUUGGUGGUGGGAUCUUUUGGUCAAGAGGGCUGAUGUGGCCACGAUGAUGAUCCUGACCUACACGUCGGCUGUGCAAGACACGGAAGCCAAGCUGCUGCUUUUUCCCGUCAUCUCCGCUGCACAGGCUAUCUUGGUUGCUUGGCUGAAGCCCUUUGCCAAUGACCAGGCAGAAAUCUUGGAUUUCCUGGAAAUGGUACUUAGUACACUUCGCUUCGUUCUAUUCACUGCAGUUGCAGCAUUGCUUAUUCUGAACCCACGUGUCGGCACCGUUCACGCACUGGCAAUUCUCCUGCUUUGUCUGCUUGUGGUGACAUAUGCGUAUUUGUUGAUCCACAUCGUCGCCCAGCUGCUCCGCCAUGCGUCGCUUCAGAACAGCACAGCGGAGUCAAUGCAGGGCGCCGGGAAGUUUCUGGGCGCCAUGGCAUGCAUAGAAACGGGUGGAGUUGUGCACAUGGUUUUGUCUCAGAUGCUGCGAUGUUUUUGCGGCUUCCUGAGGUCUGGUUCAGCGCGUAAUCUUCCAAUAUGCAAUACCUUUCCUACAGCAAGCAGAUGA